UCUGACCAAUCCCCGUAGCAGAAGAGCCUGCGUCACCGGCAAUUCGCGUCGUUGGCCAAUUCUACAAAGUAUCAACGCCCCUCAAAAAACCCCCAACGACAAAAUACACCACUUGCCACCUCAAUCAAUCCCAUCAUCAUGGCUACCACUUCUAUGGAUUACGAGGCCGCCAACGGCGACCGCUACGAUGACGAGGCUCCUCGUUAUGAGCGCGACAACCGCAGCGCCUCUCCUCGCCCUGCGCGUGAUGACGGCGACUCGGGCCGCCGUCGCUCUGCCUCCCCUUCUGGCAACGGCGACCGCGACCGCGACCGUGGCACCAAGGAUGAGACCGGCUCCAGGGGUGGCGAUGACGACGGCGCCAUCAACCCUGGCUCCAACCUCUUCGUCACUGGUAUCCAUCCUCGUCUGACCGAGCAGGAGGUCACUCGCAUGUUCGAGAAGUAUGGUGACGUCGAGAAGUGCCAAAUCAUGCGCGAUCCUCACACCAAGGAGUCCCGUGGUUUUGGCUUUGUCAAGAUGGUCACGUCCGACCAGGCCGAUGCCGCCAAGGAGGGUCUCCAGGGAGAGCAGAUCGAGGGUCGCACCCUGAGCAUCGAGAAGGCUCGCCGUGCUCGUCCUCGAACUCCCACUCCCGGCAAGUACUUCGGUCCUCCUAAGCGUGAGGGACGUGGUGGCAGCAGUGGUGGCCGAUUCAACGACCGUUAUGAUGAUCGUCGCAGAGGUGGCUACGGCGGCGGCGGCGGUGGCUACGGAGGCGGUGGCUACGGCGGCGGUCGUGAUGACCCCUACCGCUACCGUGGCUACGACCGCCGUGGCGGCUACGAAGACCGUGGCGGCGGCUACGAGCGCGGUUACCGCGAGGAUCGUGGCUAUGAUCGCAGCUACCGUGAAGAUCGCGGCGGCGGCAGCGCUGGCGGUUACGAGAGACGCGAGCGCGGAGGCGAUGACACCUACAGCAGUGGUGGUCGUGUCGACCGUUACGGCGGCGGACGUGACGACCGUGGCGACCGCUAUGCUCGCGGUGGUGAUGACCGUCGCGGCGGCGGUGCUGCCGGCUACGAGAGACGUGAGCGUGGCGGGGACGACACAUACAGUGGCAGUGGCGGCCGUGAUGGGCCUCGCUCCCGCGACGCUCCUGCUAGUGGCGCAGCCUACGCUGACCCUCCUGCCCGCUCUGAGGGCCGCGAGGCCUACGGAGGCUCUCGCUGAUUUAUACGCUGUUGAUGCGCCUGGUAAUGGCGACUGACGGUUCACCCCUUUCAUCUUUCUUAGUGCGAUCGAUUACGGCGGAUAUCCCAAAAAUUGCGUCUCAUGGAGUCCUUGUGCACUACAACUAGUCUGGAAUGGAACAAAAAAUGGGGUUUUUUAGCCUGC